GGCGCGGCUUCCUGUCACUAUAAAAGCCAGGGUCAAAAGCACUGCGUUUACUCGGGAGUCAAUUCACGAGCUGGUUUAGGGGGUGGGACGAUGCCAAGGGCACUUUUGACCUCCCGACGCUAGGGGACGCUGUGGUCCUUCUGUGUCCUCUUGGGACCUGGUAAUCACUGGGCAUGCGCACUCGGAGCUGUUUUUUCUUCUGUUCCCACGUGUGAAACUUCCCUACAACAUUUUGAGGAGAAAUGCCCAAAAUCAAGGUGCCCCGUGGGGCCGGAGGUCAGGAAAAACAUGCCCCGCUGGCCGACCAGAUCCUGGCUGGGGACGCGGUGCGCCCAGGGGCUCGGGAAAAGAGGCGGGGUCGCGGAACCCGAGACGAAGACGAAGAGUAUGUGGGACACCGGCUGACACGACGGAUUUUGCAGCAAGCGCGGCAGCAGCAGGAGGAGCUCGAGUCCGAGCAUGGCACUGGGGGCAAACCCGCGGCGCCGCGGGAGCGCACCACGCGGCUGGGUCCAGGAAUCCCCCGGGAUGGAUCAGAUGACGAGGAAUGGCCCACCCUGGAGAAGGCCGCUACCAUGACAGGGGCAGUCCAGCAUGCAGAGGUGGUCGUGGACCCUGAGGAUGAGCGUGCCAUCGAGAUGUUCAUGAACAAGAACCCUCCUGCCAGGCGUACCCUGGCUGACAUCAUCAUGGAGAAGCUGACCGAGAAGCAGACAGAGGUCGAGACAGUCAUGUCAGAGGUGUCGGGCUUCCCUAUGCCACAGCUGGACCCCCGGGUCCUGGAGGUUUACAGAGGGGUCCGGGAGGUAUUAUCUAAAUACCGCAGCGGGAAGCUUCCUAAAGCCUUUAAGGUCAUCCCUGCACUUUCCAACUGGGAGCAAAUCCUCUAUGUCACGGAGCCGGAGACCUGGACUGCAGCCGCCAUGUACCAAGCCACGAGGAUUUUCGCCUCUAACCUGAAGGAGCGCAUGGCCCAGCGCUUCUACAACCUCGUCCUGCUCCCCCGGGUACGAGAUGACAUAGCUGAAUACAAACGACUCAACUUCCACCUCUACAUGGCACUCAAGAAGGCCCUGUUCAAGCCGGGAGCCUGGUUCAAAGGGAUUCUGAUCCCACUGUGUGAGUCAGGCACCUGUACUCUCCGGGAAGCCAUCAUCGUGGGAAGCAUCAUCACCAAAUGUUCCAUCCCGGUUUUGCAUUCCAGCGCAGCCAUGCUGAAAAUUGCCGAGAUGGAAUACAGCGGGGCCAACAGCAUCUUCCUGCGCCUGCUGCUGGAUAAGAAAUACGCGCUGCCCUACCGCGUGCUGGACGCUCUGGUCUUCCAUUUCCUGGGCUUCCGGACAGAGAAGCGUGAACUUCCCGUGCUGUGGCACCAGUGCCUUCUGACUCUGGCCCAGCGUUACAAGGCCGACCUGGCCACAGAGCAGAAGGAGGCCCUGCUGGAACUGCUUCGCCUGCAGCCCCAUCCACAGGUGUCCCCCGAGAUCCGGCGUGAGCUACAGAGCGCAGUCCCCCGGGAUGUGGAAGAUGUUCCCGUUGCCAUGGAGUGAGGAAAACAGUCCCUCAUCCUGGCCUGAGGGCCGUGGGGGGGGAUAUCAGGACCCCUGUUGGUGACUGCAGAGGACAGUGAGCCUUGAGAUCCAGAUCAGCUGGAGGGCUGAAGAUCGAGGUCAGCGCAGUGAGAGGCCAGGGCAAACUUCCCAGUCCCUGGCAGAGAGGACUGAGGGUCUGCCUGGCUCCAGCUUUCAUUCUAGGCCUGAGUUCCCACUCAGUGCUGAGACCUGACAGCGUCUCUUCCUCCCCAGCAGGGGUGGAAGUACUUUGUCUCGGGCUGCUGUGUCAAGUUACCGCGGUAUAGAUAAAAACACUGGCAAGUGUUCUUGAAUUUCC